AUGGCAGAAAGUUCUGGAGAUAAUCCUGUCAAUAAUGACAGCAAUGAAAUUAGUGAGAAUUUUACGUUUGUGGAGAGUUCAAUUCAACUAUGGAGUGAAGUUUGUGAGAGGUAUGGUCAAUCCAAUGGACCUCAGAUUUAUCAGUUAAAGAAGGAUUUGGAGAAAUUGAAGCAAGAAAACAUGUCUGUUGUGGUGUAUUUUGGCAAAAUGAAGCGAUUAUGGGAUGAACUACAGAACUUAAGGAAUUUUCCAUAUUGUAGCUGUGGUGCUAUGAUUAAAUGCAGCUGCAAUUUCAUGAAGAAGAUUGCAAAAUUUCAGGCUGAAGAGAAGUUAGUUGAGUUCUUGCUUGGUCUUAAUGAUGGAUAUGACAAUGUUAUUACUAACAUUCUGUCAAUGGAUCCCUUACCUUCCAUUAAUAGAGCUUUUGCUUUGGCUCAACAAAUUGAAAAACAAAAGCAGAUUUCUGGAAUCAAUUAUUCUACUCAAGAAGUUAGUGCUCUUGCAGUUCAAAGAAGUUCUGGUGGAAAGCGAGAUUGGAAGAAAGAAAAACUGGAGAAGUUAAACUUGUAUUGUGAUUAUUGCAAGGGUAAAGGACACAUUAAAGACCAGUGUUUCAAGCUGAUUGGAUUUCCUGACUGGUAUCACAAGAAACCUGGUGGUUUUAAUCACAAUUCUGGAAAAAUGAGUGCUCAUGUUGCUACUGAAAAUACAUUUGAAGAGACUCCUCUUGAUUUCUCUGCUGCUGGUCCAUCUGUUGCAUCAGUCAAUCAUGUUGAUAAUGCCAUGUUACAUUCAAUGUUUCAAGAUUUUCUGAAAACAAUGCAACACAAGCAAGGUGUUGGAGAAUCUUCUAACAGCCUUGCAUCUUCUGCUCACUUGGCAGGUAUAUCUCUUAAAUCAAUAUGGAUUAUUGACUCUGGUGCAACUGACCACAUGGUGUAUGAUGUUAAAUUAUUUUCUGUCAAGAGAAAACUUGCUAAAGCCAUCAAAGUAGGACUACCUGAUGGUAGUUAUACUUUAGUUUCUGAAAUUGGCAAUGUAGUGAUAUGUGCAAAUAUUACAUUGUAUGAUGUGCUACUUGUGCCUAGUUUUAAACAUAACUUGAUAUCUGUGGGCAAGCUGGCUGAUAAUAGCAAGAUCACAGUUCAUUUUACUUGUGAUGAAUGUGUGUUUGUGAAUGCUGAUAAGAAAAGGAUUCUUCAAGGUAUUAAAGUAGGUGGUCUCUAUUAUCUCAAUGUGCUUCUGUCUCCUCAGAAUCAGCUUGUUUGUUCUUCUUUCCCAAAUAUAUCUUCAUCAAUCUCUUCUGACAAAUAUAUUCCACCACAUAAAGUCAAUUCUACAUCUAAACUAUCUAUUGAUAUCCUUCAUGCUAGACUAGGACAUUCUUCUAUGUCUAGAAUGCAACAUAAUCCUAUUGAUCUAUCUGCUCAGCAAUCUGUCCCUACUCAUACUGUACCUAAUCCUAUUCUUCAUGUUAUGUCUCCAGACCUUAGACCUAUUCCAAAUCCUCCUCCUUCAAUUUCCAAUACUCCUUCUAUCUCUCAUUCUUCUACUUCCCCUUCUUCUGAGUCUAUUACUACUGCUCAUGAUCCCACCCUUUCUGAAUCUAUUACUCAUCCAAUUUCUACUGAUAUUCUUCCACAUAUUAAUCCACCUGCUAUCAGACAUUCUAAUAGAGUAACUAAACCUCCUCUCAAACUACAAGAUUUUGUUUGUCCUACUAUUCCUACUGCUUCUACUUCCAAAUUUUUCUCUGCUACCUCUUCUUCUUCUUCUCUUUCUGAACCUACUUCUUAUGCUCAAGCUUGUUUGAUACCUGAGUGGCAGGAUGCCAUGGAUAAGGAGAUACUUGCUUUAGAAAAAAAUGAUACCUGGUCCUUGACUUCUUUACCAGCAGGAAAGAAAGCCAUUGCUUCCAAAUGGAUUUUUAAAAUCAAAUUUAAUCCUAAUGGAACUGUGGAAAGAUAUAAAGCAAGAUUGGUGGCUGUGGGGUAUCAACAAGUAGCUGGCAAAGAUUAUACUCACACAUUUUCUCCUGUUGCAAAAAUAGCUACAGUCAGAGUUGUUGUCUCUCUUGCUACUGCCAAAGGAUGGCCUCUUUGUCAACUUGACAUAAAUAAUGCUUUUUUGCAUGGUUUUCUGGAGGAAGAGGUGUUUAUGAAACCUCCUUGUGUGGGUAUACCAAAGCUAAACCUGGUGAUGUCUGCAAGUUCAAAAGGUCUUUAUAUGGUCUAA